AUGGCGGAGGACCAGGAGAAAAUUCAAGAAACAAAUCCAGAAGACAGCGCUGCAGAAGACAGUGCUGGAGAGUCCGGUGAAGACGACAGCAAUGUUGUUGAGGCGGCCGAUGAACCUACUAAGACUUUCAAAGAUCUGGGUGUUACAGAAGUACUGUGUGAAGCGUGUGAACAGCUAGGAUGGAAAAAUCCAACCAAAAUCCAGGUGGAAGCGAUACCCGUGGCUUUGGAAGGACGCGAUGUGAUUGGCUUAGCAGAGACGGGCUCGGGUAAGACUGGUGCUUUUGCCCUGCCAAUCUUGCAGUCCCUCCUAUCUUCAGCUCAGAGGCUUCACACACUCAUCCUCACCCCGACCAGAGAACUCGCCUUCCAGAUUUCUGAACAGUUUGAAGCGCUGGGAUCCAGUAUCGGAGUCAAGACCGCGGUUAUUGUUGGUGGAAUCGACAUGAUGUCACAGGCCCUGGUGCUGGCUAAAAAGCCUCACGUCGUGAUAGCCACUCCGGGCAGACUGAUAGAUCACUUGGAGAACACUAAGGGCUUUAAUCUGAGGGCUCUGAAGUUCCUGGUGAUGGACGAAGCCGACAGGAUCCUUAACAUGGACUUUGAGACCGAGGUGGAUAAGAUCUUAAAGGUGAUUCCCAGAGAGAGACGCACCUUUCUUUUCUCUGCCACCAUGACCAAAAAGGUUCAAAAAUUACAGCGGGCAGCUCUGAAGGAUCCAGUGAAGUGUGCCGUUUCCACCAAAUACGCCACAGUGGACAAACUCCAGCAGUAUUACGUCUUCAUUCCCGCCAAAUACAAGGACUGUUACCUGGUAUCAAUCCUGAACGAGUUGGCUGGGAAUUCCUUCAUGAUUUUCUGCAGCACCUGUAAUAACGCCCAGCGGGUGGCGCUCAUGCUCAGAAACCUGGGCAUCACAGCCAUACCCCUGCAUGGACAAAUGAGCCAGAGCAAACGUUUGGGAGCGUUGAAUAAAUUUAAGUCGAAAUCACGUUCGGUCCUCCUGGCGACCGAUGUGGCGUCCAGAGGUUUAGACAUUCCGCACGUAGACUGCGUCAUCAACUUUGACAUCCCCACUCACUCUAAGGAUUAUAUCCACAGAGUUGGGAGAACAGCCCGAGCAGGAAGAUCAGGAAAAUCCAUCACCUUUGUCACACAGUAUGACGUGGAGUUGUUCCAACGAAUCGAGACGCUGAUCGGGAAGAAACUGCCCGCCUUCCCCACACAGGAAGAGGAAGUGAUGAUGUUGGUGGAGAGAGUGAGCGAAGCGCAAAGAUUUGCAAGAAUGGAAAUGAAGGAACAGGGAGAGAAGAGAAAACGGCCGAAGGGAGGAGAGGGCGACGUCGACGACACUGAACAGUCCAGCGGAGUGAGGAAAAAAAUAAAAGGAGGAAAGUUUAGUAGUGGUGGAGGAGGAGGUGGCAGAGGAAGAGGAGGGCGGGGAGCAGUAGCGGUCAAGUUUGCUCCACUGAGGAGGGGCCUGGCUUUACAAGAGGAGUAUCUUCGAUGA